AUGCCAGACUUGUUGUUGAUUGUGUUGUUAAGAUUUGCUAAUGCUUGCUUAACGAGAACUUUUUUCCAAGCUGAUGAGUUUUGGCAAUCUUUGGAGCCAGCUCAUGUAAUGGCAUUUGGAUAUGGUGAAUUAACUUGGGAAUGGAAGUUUGGUCUUAGAAGUUAUGCAUUUCCUUUACUAUUCGAAAUAUUGUAUCGUUUUAUUCUGCUGAUUAUCAGGCUAUAUCCUAUUUUUGUUGGCGUUUUAUUGAAGGUUUUGGGUUGGCUUCCCUUAACACAGGAAACAUUGAUAUCUUGGGGAACUUUCUUCAAUUCUGAGUCUACUAUAAGCAGAAUUGAAUACCUUGGUGUAAUUUACGGUCCAAAGUUGUUGAUGUCUGUCAUUAGUGGACUGGGUGAAUAUUACACUUUAUUAUUCGUUCAAAAGUUAUAUUUGUUAACAUUUGUUAAAGAAAAUGAUAAUAAACCAAGUCAUUUGAAAAAUAAUGUGUAUAUUAUAGCAAAAGUGCUAACAUUAUCAAACUUAUUUAAUUGUUUUUGUAUUUCAAGAACUUUUAUCAAUUCUUUUGAAAUGUCAUUGACUGCAAUUUCAUUAUACUAUUGGGAUUGGACUCAAGGUAAUAAUAUAAAUUCAAAAGAUUUCAAAAUAUCAUUAUUCAUUGCAAUAUCCACUUGCCUGCAAAGACCAAGUAAUGGGCUGAUAUGGCUAGUGUUGGGUGGGACUCUAUUGUUAAAUCUUUCCAUGAAUCGUAGAUAUAAGGACAUUUUUAUGCUUCUAAGAAAAAUCAUUGAAAUGUUCUUACUGGCCUUUGCUCUAAACACUUCAAUAGAUUAUUAUUUUUACAAAGAGUUGACUUUUCCAAUCUUUAGAUUCAUUAAAUUCAAUUUCACAAGUCCAUUGUCAAGAUUUUAUGGAGUAGCGCCAUGGAAUUUCCAUCUAUUUCAAAGUUUACCAAUUUUAUUGGGUUAUAGUUUACCAUUUUUCAUAUAUGGAUUAUGUGUGAGAAUCCCUACAAGAGAGGAUAAGUCAAGUAUUUGGAAUCCAAUUGUUACUGUAAAAUUAUCCAUCGUUAUAAAUAUUAUAAUCUUUUCAGUUUUAUCACACAAAGAGUUUAGAUUUAUUUAUCAAUUACAACCAUUGUUUAUCCUGAUAAGCACAAUGGCAAUAUCGAAAUUGAAUCUCAGUGAAUAUCUGACAUUGAAGAGAUUAUCAUUUUUGAAAUAUCUAGUUCCUUUGGUUUCUGUUUUGAUAUCACUGACCCUCUGUUACUGCCAUGAAUCUGGUUCCAUCGCAGUUAUGAAAUAUUUGCAUAAUAAAAAAACAAUUGAUAGUUUAGGAUUUAUCAUGCCAUGUCAUUCAACGCCAUGGCAGUCAUACCUACAUAGGAAUGAUAUCAAGAGUCUUUGGGCAAUUACUUGUGAUCCACCUUUACAUCUCUUGGAAGAUAAAGAUGCUAUUGAAAAAUUGCAAUACUAUAUGGAUGAAAGUGAUUAUUUAUAUGAUAACAUACCCAAAUUCAUGUCAGAUUACUUCCCAUCCUUGACCAUUAACAAUGAUGGAAAGAAUAAAGAAUAUGAGUGGCCAGAAUAUUUGGUCAUUUUUGAACAUUUAGAUGAUGAAUAUAUGAAUACUUAUUUACAGGACUCUAUAUACACUGAAGAAAUAAGAUUUUUCAAUUCUUUGGUACAUUGGGAUCACAGAAGGGCUGGUGAUUUAAUAGUCUAUCAUAAAUCUCAAGGAUGA